GGGGGAAGAGAGCGUGACAGAGAUGGCGAGAAGUGAACAGAUUUGAGACAGGGCAGCGAACCAUUUGAUAGGCAGGGGCAGAGGAAGCAGAAAAAGAGAAAACCACGCCCAACCACAUCCGGGAAACCACCCGAUCGGACCUUCAUCCACGACUCCCCCUCCCUCCGGUCUCCUUCAGGCUUCAUGCCCUCUCCCGAUCGUUCCUUGUCAACUGUUCCGUUUGCUUUUCCGUGUGUGGACAAACACGAAUAUCGAUACAACAACAAAGGUUGCCCACUCAUUGAACACAUCCUUUCGACUGGGGUAGUGUCUCGAACGGCGAUGCUGGACACGGUGCUACUCCUGUCCUCGGGGAAGGUGCCCCUGGCUGAGGGCGACCUGGAAGACUUCGAGGAGAAGCUGGAAGCUGUGUGCGACGGUCUGGCCGAGGAUGUCGUCAGGAACGGGGAGGGUACUGCCCACGUUAUGCAGGUGCCGUGCGGUACUGUGCGGUACGGUAACGGCGCACCGACGUCAGCCCUGGCGCGAAAACUUGGCAAGGCGGUCGUGAACUCGCCCCUCUUCAAGGCGGCGGUGGCCGGCAACGACCCCAACGUCGGACGUCUGCUGGCUGUGGUGGGGAAAGUGAUGGGGAGAGAGUCGCCCGACACGGACGUUAGCAACACCAGGUGUGUGUGUCGGAGGGGUAUUCUAAUGUUUUGCAUGCCUUAG